GGUGCUGCUCACAUUGUACAAGAUGGUGAUGAAGAUGCACGUUGCCAGGUGGACUCUCCUUUUUGCCCUGUGCUUCACUUGUGUGUCUUCAAAUGAAUCCUGUGAGCAUUUGGGAGUAGGGGCUCCACUUGGUUCAUCUGUGCUUCUACCAUGCAACAUUCAAACAAGCAAAUGGGUGACAUGGAACUACAGUGGCUCAGGGCAAUUGCUCAAUCUCUCAUCUGAAGGGCACGUUACAUUCCUGGACCCCAGAAAUGGCCGAGUGAAAGUCUUUCCAAACCAGGGCUCAGAGGGGAACUACUCUAUCAGAAUUGAUGAUCUUGAAAAGGCUGACAUAGGAUUUUAUCAUUGUAUACAGGAGGGAAAAUGUGUUCGAGUGGUGCUGUAUGAAAUAGGUACAAAAAUCCCAUGGCUGGCGAUCUACAUCUGUGCUGGUGUGACUGCUCUAUUUCUGCUGGGUAUUGGUGGCUACUACACUUACAAAAAAUGCAAAGAUAUCCAUAACAACAAAAGCAACAGCAAAGUAGAGAAGACUACGGUCAUUCCCAGUAGUGCAGCUGCUCCGGGUCCCAGUGCCCCACCCGUGACAACAAUCAACAUACCAGUAGGUGUGCAUGUACAUGUACCACAGACAGCAAGACCCUACACUCAUGAUCUUGUUUAUGAAAAUGAUGACCAGUUCCCAACCAGUGCUGACCCCACCAGAAGUAAUCCACACGGAGCUGUGCAGUAUCUGGACAGGACCCAGCCUCAACAGCCCGGUCAAAGCAGCGGUGGAAUUUAUCCAAAUUUGGAUCAGUUUCGCUUUGAAAGGGUGGAAAGUCAGAGAACCAGACAUAGAUUUCAUUUAGAGCUUUUCAGCAGAUUACGGCCACCAAGUUUCAGUCAGCAUUAUUAUGUAAACCAACAUGAUCUCCGCAAGCAACACGCCAAGUCAAAGCAGGCGGAGAAUCAAAAGAGAGCAGGCCGCGGGAAGAAGAAAAACAAAGACAACUGUGAAUACAAAAACCCGAUUUACAACAUGAGCACCGAACAGCUCAGCCACCUGUAGAGAAUGAAGGGCACAAAUGAAGGAGUUUAAAUCUCAUUUGAGAAUGAGGGCUAUGAAUUAUUUUCUAUUUUACUCCUUUAAGGUGAUCCAUGUCUUCUUGUAUUUGUUUGUACUGUAAGUGCGCUGCAUUCCACUAUUCUCUUGAAUGCUGUUAGAAUAAAGUUCAU